AUGAUGAAGCAAAAAACAAUAGGAAUUGCAGAGCUAACGGUGCUCGUAACGAGCGUCUUUACAUGUUUCAGUGUACUGUUGCAGGCGAAACCAUUGAAUGACUUAUCAAGAGGGCUCGUAUUGACUACUCUUCCAUAUCCUGAAAAUAGGGAUAUUUCAUACACCAAUAGAAUUAGCCAAAGCUAUUAUGUGGUUCAAUUUGUGUUGGAUAAUACGAAAAUUGAUUUGUGUGAUUCAAGCAAUCUAAUCAAGAGUAUGAAUAAUAUUGACCCAAGAUUUGAUAUUCCGAUACAAAAUUCAUCAUCUAUUUUGGACCACUCGAUUUGUGUUGAUUACUUUUGUGAUUGUUCUAUUGAUUCCAAUGUUUGUUUUAAUUUAACCAUUAACCUCAUGAAUAAUUCCACAUUUCGAAUGCAAUAUUUCAGAAUGAUUAAUUUUUGCAUUCAUUGUGACAAUUUUCAUUCUCAAGCAUUCAGAAAUGCAAUAUCCAUGAACAACCAUGGCCAAUGUCAGUCAAAAUUUCCAAGUUAUGAAUCAUUACAAACAUCAAUGCUUAAACACUGUAAUCACAAAAUCAACCUGCAAUCCAUCGAUACCAUUAUUUCAAACAGCUCCUUCAAUACACUGAAUUUUAACGUUGGAAUUUUAGAUUGGAGAUUCUUUCAACCUGGAGUUUAUUAUAGUAGUAUUUAUUUAUCAAAUCAUUCAAAAACAACUUUAGACAAUACUCUUCAUUUAUACAAUAUUCUCUUUGUUUCAGAAACGGUGAAUCCAGUGAUGUGUUGGUGUAGAAAUGAAUGGGGGGAAAAGUUUUCAUUCCAAUGUGCAGAUGCGUACUAUACCUUUCUUCUUCCUUACAAGUACAUUGGUUCACCUAUAGUAAUCUUUUUUUUAUUUUCCAUUAAUUUAAUACUUUUCAUAGUGUACAUUAUUAUUCCACUUGCUCUCACGAAACAAGAAAUCAUUUCCUCCAGGCUUAAAUCUUUAAUUGCAAACCAAGCAACCUCUACCUUCCUUCCAAAUAUUGUUUGGAAAAUAAUCUUCGAGGAAUUACUAUACUCAGACUUGAGGCCUACUAUUUUACUAUUUCUACUGUGCUCUGUAUUGUUGAUACUUUUGGAAAACUUUAUUCUUUUUAUUUGGAAUUUUAGAUUUUUCUUUGACGCAAUUGGAUCUGACCUCUUAAUGGGAUGUUUCAGAUCGAUAGCAAUUUGGUGCUUUUCAUUCGCUUAUAUUUCUCUUCUAGUUCAUUGGGGACACAUUGUUGAUUUAUUGGACUCGUCAACGACAAAAAGAACUCUCUCUCGAAGAAAUUUGAUAAUAUUAGCAGCCAUGUAUGCAUUCAACAUAGUUACACUGAUCGUAGGAGCUAUUGGUUGCAUUAUUUUAGAAGGAACCUUUCCAUUAUUCGCUGUUGCUGCCAUUUGCAUGAUUGUUUGUCCGAACAUUUUAAUAGUUGUGUUCAGUGCUUACAGUUGGAUCAUCUUUAAAAAGUUGAGACAUUCCCAGAAAAACAUUUCAGAAUUGAAAUUCACGAAAAAGAUGGUACUUUUCAACUUGGUACUCAUUGUGUCCUUCCUAGCUGCAGCUGUUUUUCUGCCAACAUAUAUUGACACUUGGGAUUUGUUUGGAAUUUAUGUCGGUCUGUACAGAUCUCCGUUCAUUGAUGUCACAAGUUCUAUAAUUUUACUCUUCAUUACUUACAUUCUAGCAAACGAUGUCGAAAUUUCCAAACAUUACAGUACCUCUGUUAGUGAUAUUUUACUUUGUAAUUGGUUUAAAGACAACAAGCAGAACAGAACAAGCAAGGAAAAGAUUAAUCAUGGUGGAGAUAUUGCUUCGAAGCAUAAAUCAAAACAGAUACAGCCACAACAACCUUCAAAUGAUUCAACUCCUUCACCAUCCGUCGAUCAAGUUUGA